GAUCUUCUAUCCAUUUAUUUUUUAUUUUUGUAUAAAGUACUGAGGUUUAUUUUAUAGAAAAUAAGCCAUAAAUGUAUAUAUUUAUAUUUUCAAUAAACUAAAGAAGUGCUUUAACAAUGAUUGUAAUAAAGCCUCAACCAUAGCAAAACGCUGAAAAUGGGGAUUGUUUACGUAUCGUUUGUUCUUCCAGUACUUUAUUUGUUUGUUUUAACUGAAACUUCACGUGUUACUGUUUAUCAAGGGGAUUCUUUGCCGCACCAUGGUCGAUGUGAACCCAUUACAAUACCACUUUGCCAGAAUAUCAGAUACAACCAAACUAUUUUUCCUAAUAUACUAAACCAUGCCAAACAGUCGGAUGCAAGUCAAGAUUUACUACAAUUUACAGUGUUUAUAAAAGUCAAUUGUUCUCCGGACUUGAAGUUUUUUCUGUGUGCAGUUUAUGCCCCUUUAUGUACAAUCUUAGAGAAUCCGAUAAAACCGUGCCGUCAUUUAUGUGAAUCUGCUAAAUAUGAUUGUCACCAAAGUAUGUCUUCUUACGGAUUUCAUUGGCCAGAAAAUUUGAAUUGCUCAUCAUAUCCAGUCGCUGGAAAUGAGGAAUUAUGUUUUGGCGAAAACAAUGGUACGCAAGAAUCCCGAAAACGUGCCGAGAAAAAACUUCCAAAGGUAGAUUUUAAGGCCAACAUUGAACGAAAUCCUACAAAACUGCAUGGGGCAAGGGAUAUCGGUUUUGUGUGUCCCAUUCAGUUUAAGAUACCUAAAAAUUUGGACUUGGAGUACUCUUUGAAAGUCGGAGAUAAAGUGGAGAAAGACUGUGGUGCACCUUGCAAUGGUAUAUUUUUCAGCCAAGAUGAAAAGAAUUUUGCAAGGCUUUGGAUUGGAUUAUGGGCAACAUUAUGCACCAUAAGUUGCCUAUUUACUGUUUUAACUUUUCUCAUAGACACUGAUCGUUUCCGUUAUCCUGAAAGACCUAUUAUAUUUCUCUCAGUAUGCUAUCUGAUGGUUGCAGCAUCAUAUGUAAUGGGGUGGGGAGCAGGUGACAGUGUAAGUUGUCAAGGCCCAUUUCCACCAACUAUUAGUGGUACAAGAUUACCAAAUAUAUCUGUAAUAACUCAAGGAACUAAACAUGAACCAUGUACCAUACUUUUCAUGGUUGUGUAUUUCUUCAGCAUGGCCUCAAGUAUUUGGUGGGUUAUAUUGACACUUACUUGGUUCUUAGCAGCAGGGUUAAAAUGGGGUCAUGAAGCAAUUGAAGCAAACUCUCAAUACUUUCAUUUAGCUGCUUGGGCUGUCCCAGCCAUAAAAACAAUAUCUAUAUUGGCAAUGGGAAAAGUGGAUGGUGAUAUAUUAUCGGGUGUCUGCUAUGUGGGGCUUUGGGAUGCAGAGGCUCUACAAGGAUUUGUUUUGUCUCCACUCUGUGCUUAUCUUGUGCUGGGAACAAUUUUCCUACUGGCAGGGUUUGUUUCUUUAUUUAGAAUCAGAACAGUUAUGAAACAUGAUGGUACAAAAACUGAUAAACUAGAAAAAUUAAUGAUUAGGAUUGGAGUUUUUGGUGUUCUUUACACAGUACCUGCCUUGAUUGUUAUAGCAUGUUUAUUUUAUGAAUAUAUUCAUUUUGACAGUUGGAUGGUAACAUGGCAUAGAGAUUUAUGUACAACUCCAAUGUAUUCAAUACCAUGUCCUUUUUCUCAUCAAGAUGUAGUAAGACCUAAAUUUGAAAUGUUUAUGAUAAAGUAUCUCAUGACAAUGAUUGUUGGUAUCACUUCAAGUUUUUGGAUUUGGUCUAAUAAGACUUUAGUUUCUUGGCAUCAAUUUUUUGACAAGAUAAAAGGCAGAAGAGUUGAAGCAUAUGUAUGAUGGAUAAGGUAACAUUAAGGAAAGAUGUAGGAACUACAUCCUUGUUCUUUGAAUCUCUUGAAUUCAUUAUGUUACAUUAUUUUAUUCUGUAAUAGUGAUGUAAGCCCCUAGUUGUUUUAGUUUUGUGUCAUAACAAAGAUACUCACACAGAAUGUGUAAACCUCAAAUUAAGCUUUUUUAUUUUUAUUCAGUAUUGAUGUUAAGUUCUUUCUAAAAGUAUUAAUUUUGCUUUUGCAAAAUGUCUUAAUGAAAAGUGAAUAAGUAAGAAUCAAAAUAUGAAUAACUGUUGUAGUUUUAUAUUUUUACAAACCAUUUACAUUUUUUUAUAUUAUUUUUAAUUACUUUACACUUUUAUAUUGAAUAAGGGACAUAUGAAUAAGUUCAUUAAUUUUGUAAGUUUUUUUUAGUUUAUGUAUUGUGAUUAUAAAUUUAAUUAUUACAAUGAGUUCUUUAGCUUAGUUUUUUAACAUAUUUUUUUAAAAUUCUAAAUUAUAAGGCUGAUAACAUAAAGUGAAUAAGAUAUGAUUAUAUUUAGAUCAGAUUUCUUAAAAACCUCUGAUUUACAUUUUAUUUUGAAAAAAAAUGGUUUACAGAUAAUAUUGAUGGCAGGUAUAAAACAAAUAAUGGUAUUUCUAUGGUUAAAAUAUCUCAUUUAUGUAAAUAU